UCCCUCAGUCAACAAUUUACUGAGGUGCCUUUUCUUUUACAAGAGGAUGUCAGCUCCGAGCCCCAGCAAGGAGUAACAGACUUCACCUUGGAUUUGUUCACCUACUCCUGCUUCAUUAAAGAGGAUUUUGGAAAGAAAACCCCAAUCAAGUCUCUUUCCAGCCCCGCUUUGUUCCAGAAUUGAACAGAAACAGUUUCCUGUUCCGGGACCCAAUCACAGCCAUACGUAAGAAAAUAUACCACCAAACAUUCAUAAAGUGAAUUACAAGGCCCUCAGCUCAGCACAUCUUCAUCCAACCCAUGGCAGACACUGCAUUUCCCGUUGUCAACUCCAGUGGGUGAUGACACCAUCUCUGCUGACGGUAUCCGUUGAGUUUGCUGGGAAGCUUCUGAGAACUUGGGGAAGAAGGUAGAAAAUGGUUGCCCCUGUUCACCAAUUGUGAAGACUUCGGAUCACACAACUACAGCUUUGAUUCUCCAAGUGUUUCAGGAUGUAAAUGUAGUCUGACCUUUCUCUGCUGGACAGUUAAAUCAUGGACACACUAAACAAUUUAAUUUGGACUGUCCUUCCAAAAGAUGCUUUGGCUUCUCUCUCGAAUGCUCACUAAGCAUUUGUAGCUGACAAGGAAAAGGAAGAAAACUGUGAACUGGAAAGUUAUCUUACAAUGAAAAUUACGAGCACAUCUUGCAUCUGUCCAGUCCUCGUGUGUCUCUGUUUUGUGCAGAGGUGUUAUGGAACUGCUCAACACAGCUCCAUCAAGGGGACCAGAAACCAAACCAAACACAUCGAAGGUGAAACCGAAGUCCACCACCGUCCCAAAAGAGGAUGGGUUUGGAAUCAGUUCUUUGUUUUAGAAGAACAUAUGGGACCAGAUCCACAAUAUGUUGGAAAACUGCACUCCAAUUCUGACAAAGGUGAUGGGUCUGUGAAGUACAUCCUUACUGGAGAAGGUGCUGGGACUAUAUUUAUCAUUGAUGAUACCACGGGUGACAUCCACUCAACAAAAAGUCUAGACAGAGAGCAGAAGACCCACUAUGUGCUUCAUGCUCAGGCUAUUGACAGACGAACAAACAAGCCCCUUGAACCUGAAUCUGAGUUUAUCAUCAAAGUGCAAGACAUCAAUGACAAUGCUCCAAAGUUCACAGAUGGACCAUAUAUCGUAACUGUGCCUGAAAUGUCAGAUAUGGGUACCUCUGUUCUACAGGUGACAGCCACUGAUGCAGAUGACCCUACCUAUGGAAACAGUGCUCGGGUGGUUUACAGCAUUCUCCAGGGACAGCCCUACUUCUCUGUAGACCCUAAAACAGGAGUUAUUAGAACUGCCUUACAUAAUAUGGACAGAGAAGCCAGAGAACAUUACUCAGUGGUCAUUCAAGCCAAAGACAUGGCUGGGCAAGUUGGAGGGCUGUCGGGAUCCACCACGGUCAACAUCACCCUGACAGAUGUCAAUGACAACCCCCCACGGUUUCCUCAAAAGCACUAUCAGCUGUAUGUUCCUGAGUCAGCCCAAGUUGGUUCAGCUGUUGGGAAAAUCAAGGCGAAUGAUGCAGACACUGGUUCAAAUGCAGACAUGACAUACUCCAUCAUUAAUGGUGAUGGUGUUGGGAUAUUCUCUAUCUCCACUGACAAAGAGACCAGAGAAGGGAUCCUUUCCUUAAAGAAGCCACUGAACUAUGAGAAAAAGAAGUCAUAUACCCUCAACAUAGAAGGAGCCAAUACACAUCUUGAUUUUCGCUUUUCUCACUUGGGUCCUUUUAAAGAUGCUACCAUGCUGAAGAUCAUUGUUGGGGAUGUAGAUGAACCACCACUAUUUUCCAUGCCUUCCUAUGUCAUGGAAGUCUAUGAAAAUGCCAAGAUUGGGACUGUUGUUGGCACAGUUUUGGCACAAGAUCCCGACAGUGCUAACAGCUUAGUAAGAUACUUCAUCGACUACAAUGCUGAAGAUGACAAGUUUUUCAACAUUGAUGCCAACACUGGGACCAUUAAGACUACCAAGGUUCUUGAUAGAGAAGAAACUCCAUGGUACAACAUCACAGUUGCUGCUUCAGAAAAUGACAAUCCGAGUUUGCUGAGCCAUGUCACAGUGGUUAUUAGAGUUCUGGAUGUCAAUGACAAUCCACCCGAACUUGCCAGGGAAUAUGAUAUUGUUGUCUGUGAAAAUUCUAAGCCUGGCCAGGUUAUUCAUACCAUCAGUGCCACUGAUAAGGAUGAUUUUGCCAAUGGACAAAGGUUUAACUUCUUUCUUGAUGAGCAUCUGUCUAUAAACCCAAACUUCACUCUGAAGGACAAUGAAGAUAACACAGCCAGCAUUCUGACAAGGCGGAGGAGAUUUAGUCGAACUAUUCAGGAUGUGUAUUACCUCCCCAUUAUGAUCUCUGACGGUGGAAUCCCCUCUCUCAGCAGCAGCAGUACCCUCACCAUCAGGGUUUGUGCGUGCGAGAGAGACGGGCGCGUGCGGACCUGCCGUGCAGAAGCCCUCCUGUCCUCGGCUGGCUUGAGUACAGGAGCCUUAAUCGCUAUUCUACUCUGUGUUGUCAUUCUCCUAGCAAUUGUAGUACUUUUCAUCACCCUGAGACGCAGCAAAAAAGAGCCCCUGAUCAUUUCAGAGGAGGACGUGCGGGAGAACGUGGUAACCUAUGAUGACGAGGGGGGCGGCGAGGAAGACACCGAGGCCUUUGACAUCACAGCCUUGAGGAAUCCGUCUGCUGCCGAGGAGCUCAAGCACCGGAGAGAUAUCAGACCGGAAAUGAAACUCACCCCCAGGCACCAGACGUUUUCCACCCUGGAAAGUAUAGAUGUUCAGGAGUUUAUUAAGCAAAGACUGGCUGAAGCCGACCUAGACCCCAGCGUCCCGCCUUAUGACUCUCUGCAGACUUACGCCUAUGAGGGUCAGAGAUCAGAAGCUGGGUCCAUCAGCUCGCUGGAUUCAGCAACCACACAAUCAGACCAGGAUUAUCAGUACCUUGGAGACUGGGGACCCGAGUUUAAAAAGUUAGCUGAACUCUAUGGAGAAAUAGAAUCUGAAAGAACAACUUAGGGGGUCAAUUCUUGCAACCUUCUAGAAUUCGCUUCCUGAGCAAGUGGAGAUAUAACUUCAGCAAUGGCAAGGAAGAAGCUUGGAAACAGUACUAGGAACUAAGCAAGCAGAGCACAGCUACUGUAGAAACAAGUGCCCUUUUCAUGAUCGAAACUGGGUUAUUUAAUCGGAAGAAAGUCAAAUUAAAAAAAAAAUACAGAGAAAAAGCUAUUGUUCCUUGUGUAUAUUUUCAAUUGCUCAAUAAAGUCUGUGUACUGUUUAAUGAAGAAUUCCUGAAUUAAGCCAAACAAUGAUAUUUGUUUCAAUAUUUUGUGAUUUCUUUUCAAAAGGAAAACUGAACAAAAAGUUUCCAAAUCACUUAUGACUGAUUUCUAGGGGUGGUACACUGUAAAAUGAAACUGGUGAAGUUAGUCACAACCUCUUCUUCCACUAUUUCUGGUGGACUCUUGAGACCCACACCCUGUUUUUGUGACACAUCUCAUUAGCUUUGUCUCGUGUUGAAAUGACACGAGAUAUUUCCAAUAUACCAGGCCACUCUGUCAUGGACUUGUAUGUAUCUUUUUCCUUUGCCCUCCCCACUUCUUUUCUCCAUAUGAAAUUGAUGGAGCAUGGGGAUUUGCUGCUUGCACUAUGAUGUAUGCAACUUCUGUGCACCAGUUGUGCACUGCUCUGAAUCACGGAGACUACUGUCUCUGUCCUGCCUGUCCCCCUUUAUUUUAACAGGAGAACCCCCUUUUUUAAGUGGAUAGAAUGAAUGUUUUAAGAUAUACUCAGAUCAUCUAUGUCAGGGAAAGAUUUAAUUUAAAAAAAUACAAAAAAACCUACAAACCUUAUCCUGUACAAAACAUUGAGGAAAUCUAUACUUUUUUCCCCCAUUUGUUUUAGUGCAUUUACGUCAACAAUUCUGAUUAUUCCUGUACCUAAAAUUGGUUGUCAAAUAUUUGAUGAUUGGUUUAUACUUGUCUAAUUUGCUUAUUUUUAACAUGGCAGUCAUUUAAAAAAAAAUGAACCUCAUAUGAUAACUAUGUAGUCUGAAAAGACUAUCCUCCAACUUACAUAAACUUCGUAAACUUAUGAUUGACUUGUCUUUAUUCCUCACAGAAGCUCAGACUUUCCCCAUCUCACUGAUUGAUUAGCCCUUCAUGUUUGAGACCCACAGAAAAUGUGUAGGGCUUGGAGCAAAAAAAUAGGAGGUUCCCACUUAUUAUUCUCAGACACGUCUCUUAAAGUCAGAGUCCCAAACUACAAAAUAGAGAUGGCAAAGAUUUCCCUGCUUAACUUACAGGGUUAUGUGAAGAUCAAUAAUCAUCUGUAAAAAUGUUUUGCCAACUGCAAAGUGUUCUGUUAUGUAAAGGCUGGCAGACACUAUCAUUUUCUAAUUCCAUUAGUUCAUAAUUAUAGAGUUACAUAUAUUUUGAAUAAAAUACUAAAUUACCAUGGGAUAAUUUCAUGAAACCUUCAACAGUGAAUUAACUGCUAACUGGAAAUAUAAUGUGAAAGGUUAAUUCUUUUGACAUUUUCCCAAAUAGGCUAAUUUUUUUUUCAGAAUUUCUUGGGAUUUUCCCCCUAAAUUGCUUAGAUAACAGUUUUCUGUUGUUGAUAUUGGUCGUGAAAUAAAAAUUCAUAGCGUAAUGAUCCUAGUCUCCAAAAAUGACCACAUUUAUGUAUUUUAGAUUAAUUGUAAUUUUGAAACCCUCAAAUUAAGAUUUAUUUUAAGGGGAAGUUUUGCCUUUGCUCUUUAAAUAUAUUAUAGAGUCUUCAAAAGUUAUAUGCCAUUUUCUGUCUGAUUCUACUGAUGUGCAAAAUUUUGAAUUUUGCCUCUGUUCACAACUGCCCUGUGCUAUUAUUUUUCAAUUUUGAGGUAUGGGAAGUAAGUAAAUUUAAUUUGAAUAUUUCUCAAUUUGUGUUUGAAGCCUGAGGAAUAAAAUGUAAUUUAAGUUUUUAACAACAUUUUAACUUUCCAGAUGCUGCUUUAUCAUUUUUUAUAUCAUAAUAGUAUGCAGUCCAGUAUAAAGCUAAAUCAAAAGAGACAGGGGCUUUGGGGAACAACCUCUAGAGACCCAUACUCUGAUUAUGCAAAUGUUGGGCUACAUUCACCCUGACAGAAGGAUCCACAUUUGAAGAAUGACUGUGGAUGCUGGUGCUUUGACUUUCUUAUGCAAAGAGGACCAGGAAAACCAGGUUUUGGAUGUCCCGUAGGUUUUUCGAUUUAGAUUUUUGAUAAACUAUUCACAGCUUUUGUUUUGUUUUGUUUUAAUAUUCAUCUGGCAACUUCACAAGUAAAGGCUUGAAAGAGGAGAAUACAUGUACAAACCACUUAAACAUAAAAGCCAAGGUCCUCUGCAUGGUUUUGAGUAUGGAAACAUUUCCCUGAUUUUGUGGAAAAAACACCCCAGAUCCAUCUGAUUUUAAUUACACAUUUUAAUGAUAAUGGAUUGCUUCUAAGCCCCUGAUAUUAAAUCUCAUAUAGAAGCAAAAUGGAGCUUCUGUAGUAUUGAAAUAAUAUGUUCCUAUAUUGAUUUAUUUGAGAAUUUUGUUAAGGAAAGCAUUCCAAAUAUUAUUUUUAUAUAAAUUCUGAAAUGAGGCAAUUAUAUCAUUAUUAUAAGUAUGGACUGGGUCUCAUAUUUUUUAAUGUGCUACUUUGGGUCAAAAAACCAAUAAUGAUAUAUAAAUGUUCUGCCAAUGGACUGAAGUCAUUUAACAUUCAAUACCUUGCUUUAAAAACUUCAGUUUAUCAGUGUGAAAAGCUAAUUCUCAAAGAGUUUAGUGGGUAAAGAGUUUGCACAUACUCUGAACCCUUUCUAGCCACAGAUAAUCAGCUAUGGAAUAUGUGAUUCCAUAUGGAUUCCACUAUGGAAUCGCUAAUGUGUCUCAGCACAUUUUGUAAGCCUUGGUUGAUAUUUACAGAAAAAAUAUAACUUUGAAAUCAAUUUACUUAUUUCCAAGAGAAGAAUUUUCCACAGACGGACCUUAUACAAUGUGGUAGCUGCUAAAUUAGAGGAAAUACAAACAGUUAUAACUUUUUUACCCAAUGGCUUUCUUAAUAGAAUUUAUAAAUUCCAAAUAACCUUUGUGCAGACGUAGGUCUUGCAGAAAUUACUAAAGACCUAUCAUCAUAAAUUCUUUCUAUGAUAAAUCUGUACAUACACAGAUUUGAAGGGGAAAUUGAAGAGGAAAUUAUCCCUAAGAUAAGGCUCUAUGCAAAGUUAUGACUUUCCCAUAACCAGGUAUAAGAAGGAAAAUAUUCUGAGAAAUGGCAUUCAUGUAACCACACACCCAUACAGACAUAUACACACACAUAUGUCUUCUUGAAGAAUAUUUAGAGAGUAAAAAGUAUUCAAAAUAGUGACUUAGAUAUUGAUAUGAUCCAAAUAUGUGAUGCAUACAAAAUUUAAGUACCCAGCAUAUGGAAGAUUCAGCAAGAAAUUAACGAACAUUCUUUUUGGCUUUUAUUUUGUGUCUAGCCUCAGCCUAACUUUCAGUGCUGUCCAUGAUUGAAGCUGGUUUCACAGAGCAGAAAAAAAUAUUAAUGAUAAAUCAAAAUUUUAGAAACGAUGAUUUAAUGAACUCAGUGUGGCUAUUAAAUACUAAAAAGUGAUUUGACUUAGAUUCUUAGUGUACUGCAAUGUAGUCAGAAGUCUGGGUCAAAGAAGGACAAUGUACUAAGUAUACACCAUUUUCAGCAAUGUUGAAACCUUACAUAAACGAUUAGUCAUUGUUUUAUUUGUUCCUACAAACCUACAUCCAUAACUUUGAUUCAUUGUCCUUUUGGUUUAGCUGAAUAUAUAGGGAAAACACAGAAAUUCAGGUAGACUCAUUCAUGUCAGCAGCCAUCAAGAAGUUCCAGGUACACUGGAACACUGGAACAUGCAUAGAUCCAAUAGGUACACUGGAACAUGCAUAGAUCCAAUAUUUUUUGGUAAAAGCUUCAUCUGCUUUUUAGUAUGGGCAGUGCUUGAUCAGCUAUUCAACAAAGCAGAACUCUAAAGCUGAUCAUUCUGGAAAGAGGCAAGAGUACCAUUUUUCAAACUCAAAUUGUACUUAGCUUCAAGGUAUGGUUACAUUCAAUUAAUUUACUUGCCUUUCAAUUUCAAGAAUAGAACAAAUCUCAGAACCGUCCUUGGUAGAUAUGUGACUCAAAUCCUCUCUUUUUUUUACCCUUUAGGAUUAAAGGCAAAUCACAUAUUAUCUGAAGGAAACAAAACCACUUCAACUUUUAUAUUCUACCUCAUCAGCAGAAGGUAAAUUUUUUUUGUAAUAUAGAAUUAGAAAUCUCAUAAACCCCACAGUCAAAAGUAGCUCACAAUCAUUUGAAGAUAACACUAGCACAGAACCCACUCUUUUUUCAAAGAUUCCAAAUACAUAAUUUUAAAAUGAAAAUAUUAAUAGCAACAGUUUUUAACAUGUCAAAAGAUAUAUUCUGCCUUUGGCUUCUACCAAUGAAAGAAGUAGUGAGGAAUUUUUUGUUUUGUUUUGUUUUGUUUUUGUUUUAAUUAGAGAUUAAAAAAACAAGUUGUGUUCUUAUUUGAAGUUUGAUAAAAAAAGCUUUUAGGCUAGUAAGGAAUGAUUACAUUUAUCUUCUUUGCUGAGUCUAUUGAAUUGAAAGAUUUUUGCCCUUCUACAGAGACGUCAAACCUAUUUUAGUAAUAAUUUGUUUUUAAAGUCUUAGGUGAAAAUAAAUGGGAAAAUAGGAAUUCAAAGAAUCCUGAAAUGAUAUUCUGUGAGGAAGUCAUGUGUCAUUUACAGAUGGAAGUGGAUUCAUCUGAUGAUUUCGUCUUAUUGCCCAGCAAUAUUACCUUCAGAAAUAAAGAAAUGGGCCAUAACAGUUAGUGUCACCCUAAUGAUUUUAUCAAGGCAAUUUUCCUUGUGUCAUAAUGCACCAAAUUCUUAUUCUAAAACAUUUAUUGCCAUUUUCAAAGUGCCACUUCAAAUGCCUUAGUUUCAAACAGGAAUUCAUACAAUCUAACAUUGUGAUUUACUGAGUAAGCUCUUCUAAACAUGCAUCAUAUGUAAGAUACUAUUCCAGGCACUGUGAAGGCUGUAAAAAAAAAAGUGUCUUGGUGAUAGGUGUUAUCAUCAAUGAAAUGAGAGUCUCACUUGAGAGCUAAUACCUACAUAUAAAAAGCUAUAGAUAAUAUAAUAUAAAGCAAAAAGUGGCAAGUGUUCUAAAAUAGGCUCAGAUAUAUCUAGAAAAGGUUUUAGGGUCACAUUAAAACUGUGUCUGUAGUAUGCAAGCUUGAGGUACUCCCCAGGAUGUGGGGAAUAAUACAAGUCCAGAGGGAGGGUGAAGCAGAGGGAGCCGUUUCAACAAUUGUCCAAAAGUAGAUCAUUCAACAUGGGAUAGAGGACUCAUGCAAGGCAAUAAUGAUAACAUAAGGUGUUAAGAGAAGUUAGAUUUAGAUUUAAGGUGAUUCAAUGGCACUCAUCCUUUAAUCAAUGUCACUGAGUUUGUUUUUCUCCUAAACAGAAAAAUGACCAUGGCCAGACAUCUCUUUUAAGAAACUCAGUCUUUCAUUAAUGUCUAUCAUUCAGUGAAGAUAUCUUAAAGAAAUAUUACAGUCAUUUGUGCCUCCAGAAGGAAUAUUAGAUUAUUUUAAUUAUUUCCAAAAGAUAAUACCCAUUUUAGGAAUAUAUUUUAAGAAGGUAAAAAAUGAACAAAAAGACAUAGGUGAUUUACAUUUCAGGGUUUAAUUGUUGGGUCAUUUAAUUUGAUCAAUUUAUUCAUCCUAAUAAAAAUAAAUUUAAAUGAGGGCAAAGGAGAUACUUUUAAGAACAAUAUUUAUUCAUAUACAUUUAUUCUUAACUGGACAAAUGUGCCCAUCUUCUAUAAUCAUUUUUUUAGGUAUAAAAAUAUUUUUGGACUAAAAAGAAAUAAUAACCAAAUACCAAAGACCAAAUUGAUGCCCUAUUAAAACUGAAUCAGUUAUUUUUAAUUAGUCACAAACUUUAGUGUUUGUGACACUAGACGUCUCAUACUCUAGUGUUUCGUUUUAUUAAAAAAUUUGCAUUUGGAUUUGUUUUCAAAAAGUGACUAUCAUAAACAUGAAGAUGCAAUGAUAGAGGUAGAUUUCUUAAACCUACAAAUUCCUACUUUUAAAUCUUGUUUCUCACUUUUUCUUUUUUCACAUUUACUUGCUUUUUUAAAAAACAACCCUCGAAAAGCUAUAUUUGAGCAAUUUCUAUAUCUCAUGUAUUUUUCAGAACGAAUUCAAGAAAAUGUUUUUCAGAAAUAGAAAGCAGUUAUCAUGUUGUUUUCAAGGUUUAGAUUUUUAUCACAUUUUCUCUCCCUCUGUCACUAAUCAUGCCCUUCCUCACCAAAAAGUUAUAAAAGAAAAUUGCAUUCAGAAAAAUACUCUGUGACAGUCACUUUCCUGUGAGCCUGUUUCCUUCCAUGAUGUGGUUUGGUUUUUUUAGCUCUUUCGGUCAGCACUGUGUAUUUCCAAUCUCCUGGAAGUCAUCCUGUCUUCUGUCUUCCAAAGAUAGUUGGGGGAGAAGUCAUUUUUGUUCAUAUGAAAUAUGUUUCAAAUAUUUCAGAUGGCUUGGACGAUCCCUUUCAUAAGCCAUUGUAAUUAAAAAUGAAAUUGAAAUAGUGCUUUCCUCCUUUUAAGCAUUUUUAGUAUCAUGUUUUAAAAGCUUAAAGUACAAUUUUUAAAAAAUCAGUAUAAUUUUAUGGAUACCCUUUCCUUUCCUUCAAAGAGACAUUAGAAAAUUGUUUUCUCAGAAAAACUAACACUGAAUAAGUCUCCCAAAUUUCAUCACCUAAGUGACAUUUUUCUCUUUUCAGAUGCACAUAAUUUCUCAUUGAUUCCACAAUGAUGAUAAAUGGAAGUUAGCAUAUCAAUAAAAUACUUCAUGAAAAUUUAGUUUUAAUCAUAUCUUCUCAUUUAUGUUGUGAUACGAUGCUUAAGCUUCUUUUAAUUUGAAUUUUGCUAAAUUCCCCUCAGAAUAUGAUUUCCAAGGCAUGGAAAGAUUAACAUUCCUUCCCUGCCUCUUACCGACAUUUGUCAUUUCCUUUCAUUGCCCCGUUUUAUAUUUGCUGUCCUACCAUCCUUAGCUGUCUCAGAUUCAGUUUGAAUGAAUGAAUAAUUCAGGGAAAUGAAAGACCUGACUGGGACAAAUAACUUUUUUAAAAAAAGAUCAGAACUCAGCUUUCUCGAUUCCUAAUCAAUGUUUUGAAUUAAAACAUGAAACUGGAAAACAUUAACAGAAUAUAUCUAUACUUAGAUUAAUAAGGAAAAAAAAAAAACAACCAAAAACCUUAGGACUUGGAGUCCAGGAUUGAGAACAUGUCAGGAAUCUAUGACUACAACUACUUAUAUAAGUUUAAAUGUCAUUUUAAACAUUGUUUAAAUUCCCCUUCCAUUUAAAGUAGAAAUAAUAUCUUUAUAUUUACCUCACAGAAUUGAUAUGAAUACCAGAUGUAAUCUUGUGUUUGAAACACAGAAAUGAGUAAAGUUCUUGGCAAAUUAUUUUUUUAUUAUCAUGGUUUCUUUUCUGUUCCUCAACCUUCCCCAUCUUCUGGCUUCAGAAAAUUGUGACUUGGGCUAUAAAUUACAGGUAUGAAGGCUUUGCAAAAUUUCAACACAGACUAAGCAUGGUGAUGUAUUCCCCACCCAAGCAGGCAAAGAAUAGAACCAUCUACUAUAGCCAUUUGAUCCUUCUUUUCACCAUGCAGAGGACAAAGGAAAUUACUAUCUCAUUUCACUAUGUGUCUUUGAUUUCCUUUAAUAACUUUAGUACAUAAAAGUCUAAAUAUAAGAUUAAACUAAUAAAUUAGAAUUGUGUUAUAACUUAUACUUAAUACUCUUCUGUGUUUCAGAAUCUUUUUUUCAUGAAAAUCAGUUUCUCUUGUUGAUAUAAUUAUUUUAAAACUUUUUUAAAAAGAAUUUUUCUGAUUUUUUAAGAAGACAUAGAAUUGAAAUGUUUAGAGCAAGGUUAUAUGGAGGUUCAUAAAAACUCUGAAAAUUCAAGAGAAACAAAACUCAUUAGCAUAGCCAUGAAGAACAUUUUUCAUUAUUAAGGAAGCACACUUCUAUGAUAUCUGAGAGCUCUUUGCGUGGUGUUACAGGGAUUCUAUCAUGAAUAAUAACACCAUAUUAUUAUAUAAUAAUUAAUAAACACCAAAAUAUAAUAAAUACACAAGUGUCAUGUAGUGCUUGGAAAUUCUUAAAUAGAAUAGACGUGAUGCAGGAUCUAGAAGAAAACCUGGCAUUUCCUUCAAAUUCCAUUUUUUCCUCCAAUUUAUCCACAACCUUAAAAUACCAGGGUGUUAAUUUUAAUUGAAACAUUAUUUACUGUGAUAGAGUUAUAUCUGUAAUAGAGAAGAGAAUCUAUUCUCCAAUUUCAAUCAAAGAAGAAUGUUCCUAUUUUAGGAAACAUUGAACAAAAUAAAAAUGAUUUCCUCAGAGGCUAAUCCUUCACCUGCCAGACAAUAAAACUUCAUAUUCCACAUACAGGAAAAGAAACACUUGUUUUCAUAAAACAAAACUUCCUUUUGAGGAAAUUGACAUCAGUGAAAUUUUAUUAACACACAGUAAUUUAAGAAUAUUAAGACGGAUCUUGGACUUCCCUGGCAGUCCAGUGGUUAAGACUCCGUGCUUCCACUGCAGGGCAUGCAGGUUCCAUCCCUGGUCAGGGAACUAAGAUCCCACAUGCCACAUGGGGUAGCCAAAAAAAAAAAAAAAAAAAAAAAUUAA